AUGGAAAUUUUGUGGAAGACGUUGACCUGGAUUUUGUGCUUAAACAUGGUUUUGUCAGAAUUUCACGGGGACAACAGGCUUUCAUAUAGUUCUCAAGAGGAAUUCCUGUCUUACCUUGAACACUACCAACUAACAAUCCCAGUAAGGGUUGAUCAUAAUGGAGCCUUCCUCAGCUUUACUGUGAAAAAUACUAAACUCUCCCGGAGAAAGAAGAGGAGUACUGAACAUUAUGACCAAGAACUGGCAGUAUCUAAAUUAUUUUUUAAACUUUCUGCCUAUGGCAAGCACUUUCAUUUAAACCUGACUCUCAACACAGAUCUGGUCUCCAAACACUUUACAGUAGAAUACUGGGGGAAAGACGGACCUCAGUGGAAGCAUGACUUUUUAGACAACUGUCAUUACAUGGGAUAUUUACAUGAUCAGCACAGUACGACUAAAGUAGCAUUAAGCAACUGCAAUGGUCUGCAUGGUGUUAUUGCUACAGAAGAUGAAGAGUAUUUUAUUGAGCCACUAAAAAACAUAACUGAAAAUUCCAAUCAUUUUAGUUAUGAAAGUGGACAUCCUCAUGUUAUUUAUAAAAAGUCUGCCAUGUAUCACCGACUCUUCUAUGAUCAUACCUAUUGUGGUGUUUCAGACCUCACAGGAAGCAAUAAACUUUUGUGGAUGAACAAUACCUUUGGUAUUCCAACUUCACGUCCAAUUAAUCACUCAUUAAGUAGUCCUCAGCGGCAGAAGAGAUCAGUAAGCACUGAACGUUUUGUGGAGACGCUGGUAGUAGCUGACAAAAUGAUGGUGGGAUACCAUGGUCGCAAAGAUAUCGAACAUUACAUUUUGAGUGUCAUGAAUAUUGUUGCCAAACUUUAUCGCGAUUCCAGCCUAGGAAACGUUGUGAAUAUUAUAGUGACUCGUUUAAUUGUCCUCACAGAAGAUCAGCCAAACUUGGAGAUAAAUCACCAUGCAGACAAGUCCCUUGAUAGCUUCUGUAAGUGGCAGAAAUCCAUUCUCUCUCACCAAAGUGAUGGAAACACCAUUCCAGAAAAUGGAAUUGCCCACCAUGAUAAUGCGGUCCUUAUUACUAGAUACGAUAUCUGCACAUAUAAAAACAAGCCUUGUGGAACAUUGGGCUUGGCCUCUGUCGCUGGAAUGUGCGAGCCUGAAAGGAGCUGUAGCAUUAAUGAAGAUAUUGGCCUAGGUUCAGCUUUUACCAUCGCACAUGAGAUUGGUCACAAUUUUGGUAUGAACCAUGAUGGAAUUGGAAAUUCUUGUGGGACCAAAGGUCAUGAAGCAGCAAAACUUAUGGCAGCUCACAUUACAGCAAACACCAACCCCUUCUCAUGGUCAGCCUGCAGCAGGGAUUAUAUCACCAGUUUUUUAGAUUCAGGUCGUGGUACCUGCCUUGACAAUGAGCCUCCCAAGCGUGACUUUCUUUAUCCUGCUGUGGCCCCAGGUCAGGUGUAUGAUGCUGAUGAACAGUGUCGUUUCCAGUAUGGAGCAACAUCCCGUCAGUGUAAAUAUGGGGAAGUGUGUAGAGAGCUUUGGUGUCUAAGCAAAAGUAACCGCUGUGUUACCAACAGUAUUCCAGCAGCUGAAGGUACCCUUUGCCAGACUGGAAGCAUUGAAAAGGGGUGGUGUUAUCAGGGAGAAUGCGUACCUUUUGGCACUUGGCCCCAGAGCAUAGAUGGGGGUUGGGGUCCCUGGUCAAUAUGGGGAGAGUGCAGCAGGACCUGCGGGGGAGGAGUCUCAUCAUCCAUAAGACACUGUGACAGUCCAGCACCUUCAGGUGGAGGAAAAUAUUGCCUUGGAGAAAGGAAAAGAUACCGAUCCUGUAAUACUGAUCCGUGUCCUUUUGGGGCCCGUGAUUUUCGAGAGAAGCAGUGUGCAGACUUUGACAAUAUGCCAUUCCGAGGAAAAUAUUACAACUGGAAGCCCUAUACAGGAGGUGGGGUUAAGCCAUGUGCACUAAACUGCUUAGCAGAAGGUUACAAUUUUUACACUGAACGUGCCCCUGCAGUUAUUGAUGGAACACAGUGCAAUGCAGAUUCUUUGGAUAUUUGUAUCAAUGGCGAAUGCAAGCAUGUUGGAUGUGACAAUAUUUUGGGAUCUGAUGCUAAAGAAGACAGGUGCCGGGUGUGUGGAGGAGAUGGAAGUACAUGUGAAUCUAUUGAAGGCUUUUUCAAUGAUACAUUGCCAAGAGGAGGCUACAUGGAAGUAGUUCAAAUUCCAAAGGGUUCAGUUCACAUUGAAAUCAAAGAAGUAGCAGUGUCAAAGAACUACAUUGCUUUAAAAUCAGAAGAGGAUGACUAUUAUAUUAAUGGUGCCUGGACUAUUGACUGGCCUAGAAAAUUCGAUGUUGCUGGAACAGCUUUCCAUUACAAGAGACCAGCAGACGAACCAGAAUCUUUGGAAGCUUUAGGACCCAUCUCAGAAAACCUCAUAGUCAUGAUUUUACUACAGGAGCAGAACCUGGGGAUAAGGUAUAAAUUCAAUGUUCCCAUCUCUCGCACUGGCAGUGGUGACAAUGAAGUCAGUUUUGCAUGGAAUCACCUACCUUGGUCAGAAUGUUCUGCUACUUGUGCUGGAGGUACACAGAAACAAGAAGUAGUAUGCAAGAGGCUGGAUGACAGUUCUGUAGUUCAGAACAACUACUGUGAUCCUGACAGUAAACCACCAGAAAAUCAAAGAGCCUGUAACUCUGAGCCUUGCCCGCCUGAAUGGUUUAUAGGAGAUUGGUCAGAAUGCAGUAAAACCUGUGAUGGUGGAAUAAGAAUGCGAACAGUUCUGUGUAUCAGGAAAAUUGGACCUUCUGAAGAGGAGUCCCUGGACAGCAGUCAUUGCCUAACAUAUCGACCUAUUGAAAAAGAAUCUUGUAACAACCAGUCUUGUCCUCCACAGUGGGUUGCUUUGGAUUGGUCAGAAUGUACUCCAAAAUGUGGUCCUGGUUUCAAGCACCGUAUCGUUCUCUGCAAAAGCAGUGAUCUUUUGAAAACAUUUUCAGUUGCACAUUGCCAGGAAGAAAACAAACCACCAGUUCGUAUGCGCUGUAGCUUGGGCAGAUGUCCCCCUCCACGAUGGGUUACUGGAGACUGGGGGCAGUGUUCAGCACAAUGUGGCCUUGGACAACAGAUGAGAACAGUGCAGUGUCUUUCAUAUACUGGGCAAGCAUCCAGCGACUGUCCAGAUACUGUCCGACCUCCAUCAAUGCAACAGUGUGAAAGCAAAUGUGACAGUACUCCUAUUUCCAACACGGAAGAAUGCAAAGAUGUGAACAAAGUGGCUUAUUGCCCACUGGUACUGAAGUUCAAGUUCUGCAGUCGAGCAUACUUCAGACAGAUGUGCUGCAAGACCUGCCAAGGACAUUGA